AUUCUGUGUGCAUUUGUGUAGGUCGUGUUUAGCGAAUUUUAUUUGUGUUUAUUUUGGGAGACAUUUAAUAUUGUGUCCAGGAUAAAGCGAACACCGCAACAAGAUGGUGCGCAGAGGCGACGAAAUAUUCUCCUGCUUCUCGUGCAUCGUGGAUGGCAUGCAUUGCUUGGUACUAAGUUCCAGGAUGUGUAACAAAGGUAAAUGCCUCCACUGCAUUCCCGUCGAUAACGGCUGCCUCGUUCUAGCCAUCAUAAGUGCGAUUGGCACUGGGAUGGUGCUGCUGGCGACCAUCAUUCUGGGCAUCCUGGCCGCUGCAGGCAUCAUCAUGGCGUCGCAUCAACCUUACCCUGACCCAGAGUCCCGUGAAUUCCGUCAAGCGGCCGUAGCUGGGAUCGCCCUUGGUGUGGUACUUACUGUUGUGGGAGUGGCCUCUCUCAUCGCUUUCAUUUUUUCUGUGCUGCUUUGCAAUGGAAUCUGUAAGCGCCGGCCAGGACAAGUGAGGGCCUACUUCAUAUACGGCGUCGUCAUCACUAUACUCACAAUCAUCGCCUCGAUUGCUCAGAUGGUCAACGAAGACGACCCUGCUCCUGGCAUCGGCGGCUUAGUUGGUUGUGUGAUCUACACUGCAUUCCUGAUGCUGGUGCACGAGACGUACAGCAAGAUGUGCGCGGGCGCAGUAUUCAAGAACCACAUCCGUCUGGUAGAAGACUACUAGCACCACUCUUUCAAGAACCACAUCCGUCUGGUGUGUUAGUAAUAGUCUUCUACUACUAACACCACCCUUUCGGGUCAUACACGAACAGCACAGUUGUCACUUCUGAACCCAAAACUUAACUCUUUGAACUCCAAACGCGUUUAGAUACCUGUCAAAUUAAUCUCAAUCAAUGUAUCUUUGGUUUAAGGCCCAGUUGCACCAACCACAUUUAACAGACGGAUUAACAUGAAACAGCAGUUAAUUUUCAAAUACAAAUUAUUUAGUGAACGCUUUGACGGUGACAGCCGGUUUGGUGCAACCGACCGUAGGGCCAGUUGCACCAACCACUUUAAAUUUGACAGACUGAUCAACGUCAGUCGGCGCGCCCCGGCGCUUUACUAUGAAACUUUCCAUAGGUACAUAAAAAUUUAGCGAACUCUUUAACGAUACGAACAGUUUGGUGCAACCGACCCUUAGUGUUGUAAAACACAUUGUGAUUAAAACAAGACCCGGAAACAAGUUUAUUUUUUUAAGUUUUCGUUAAUUCACCCGGUAAAGUAACGGAUUUCGUUUCCGUUUGAGGUUACCAGUUACAUACAUAGAAACAAAGUACAAGCAGGCGUGGCUCACCCCGCGAUUUCGUCGCUUUGCUACAUGUAGCUAAAAGUACAUCCGUUCCACACCAAUUUCGGGGUUUGCCAUAAGCCGCGCGUGGCGCUGUCGCCACCUAGCGGCCAUAUCUGUGCUGAUCGUGACAGACGCGUUUUGUUAGAGUGAGUCUUCCGUACCUAGUACUGUUAUUUAUUAUGUGGUACAAGAUACAAGACAGAUAUUCAACUAAACCUAAAGGAUGUCUAACAUAUCUUUGAUAAGUACUAACUUUGCUAGUAAGGCUAGACUUAGAUGCGUAUCUAUUUUAACUAUUCUUUUUUUAACUAUUCCAACGCUAGUUCCACAUUAUGUUCCUGUAAUCAUAUAUUGUAAUUUAAUUAUAAUUUAAUCUAUUCUACUAGAAUAAUUAACCACAGACAGAUAAUAUUCCUAAAUACUUUCUCGUUUUGUGGUUUACCACCAAAAAUUUAACUUUUAUACGGUUAUUUAAAAAAAUGCGUAUUUGUUCUAAAUAUUCUACUUUUUAUAUCCCAAAUACUAAAACUGACCUAUUAUUUUAAAGACAUUCCAUAAGGAAAAGUGAUAGAGAAACAUAAUGCUUUUCGUUGUCGAAGCAAGAUUGUAACCUUGGCUGGCCGGCAGGAACAGGAGGGUCAGUGUACGAAAUGCCUCGUGCUAAGCGUCCUUUUCUUUGGUACAAAUGCCAGUUGAUUGGCUAGUCAAUUUUUUUAUAGACAAUACCAGACUAUAACACCAAUCAUGGACACCUGCAACACGAGAAGAGUUGCAAGUGUAUUGUCCAUAUUUAAUAUGGGAAUGCGCUCUUUAAGGUUGGAAGCGUAUUAGCUAUAGUAUGAAUUAUCUCAGGUGAUUUUUUCGAGUUCGGGUGCUAAUCCGUUAAACAACAAAGUCUUUGUUUCUUUUAAGAGCGGUCUACAGCACGUGCCAAAGCAACCAUGUCGUUUAAAAAGAAACUAUCGUGAUAGUAUUAAGGUUCAAAUUCAUAUGAUAGCUUGUUCAGAGAACAAUCAGGGUGGUCUUGUUUCUGGAGAUAACAAAAACGUGUUAUCUCCGAAUUGGCUGUUUCAUGAAUCUGAACCAUACAAUUAGAACGGUAAAUUUGCUUUUUAAACGGGCUUGUUCCCGUUACUUACGUCGGGGCUAUUAGCAGUAAACAUUUUAGGUAACCAACUGCAUAAAGGAAACCAUAUCUUUUGUUUAACAGAUUAGGGUCCGAGCCCGAAAAAAUCACCUGAGAUAAUUCAUACGAUAAUCGAACUGACAUUUUAGUGUCUGGGAUAUAAAAAAGAUGAAUUCCUAUUUGUCCCCGCCUGACGUGACCGCAGCUAUAGGUACCAGGCGGAGACAAAUGGGAACAUACCAAAAGAAACAUCAAUUAUAUAUACAGAGUUAGACAUGUUAUUAUAAGAUGGUCUUUUAUUAGAUAAGAUAAUAUAAUAUAAUAUAAUAAGCAAAUAAAGUAAUUUCAAACCGGA